AAUAUAAACAUGCUUCAAGUGAUGUCACCUUCCACUAUCUGAUGUCUUCUGUUCAUUCUCAUGUAGGAUCUGCUGCUGUUGAGUGCCAACAUAAAAUCAAGUCUCAUUUGAAGAAGAAGUUCAAGUGUGUGUCUGAGGGAAUCCCAAAAGCAGGAAAUCAAACAGGUCUGAAUGACUUCUUCACGGAGCUCUUCGUCACAGAGAGAGGCAGUGGAGAUGUCAACAAAGAACAUGAGGUCAGACUGAUUGAAACAGCUUCCAGGAAACCAGCCAAGGAAGAAACACCAAUCAAAUGUGAAGACAUCUUUAAACCCUUACCUGGACGAGAUCAACCAAUCAGAACAAUAGUGACAACUGGAGUGGCCGGCAUUGGUAAAACCAUCAUAACACAAAAGUUCACUCUGGACUGGGCUGAAGGCAAAGCCAACCACGACAUACACUUCACAUUUCUCUUAACUUUCAGAGAGCUGAAUUUACUGAAAGAGAAAGAGUUUAGCUUUGUUGAACUUCUUCAUCACUUCUUUAUUGAGACCAAAGAAGCAGGAAUCUGCAGAUAUGAACGGUUCAAAGUUGUCUUCAUCUUGGAUGGUCUGGAUGAGUGUCGACUUCCUCUGGACUUCCAGAACAACCAGACCUGGACUGAUGUCAAAGAGCCGUCCUCGGUGGACGUGCUGCUGACAAACCUCAUCAGGGGCGACCUGCUUCCCUCCGCUCGCAUCUGGAUAACCACACGCCCUGCGGCAGCCAAUCAGAUCCCUGCUGAGUGUGUUGACAUGGUGACAGAGGUGAGGGGGUUCACCGACCCACAGAAGGAGCAGUACUUCAGGAAGAGAUUCAGAGACGAGACGCUGGCCAACACAAUCAUCUCCCACGUCAAGAAAUCACGAAGCCUCCACAUCAUGUGUUACAUCCCAGUCUUCUGUUGGAUCACUGCUACAGUUCUGGAGGACAUCUUAAAAAAAUCCCAGAUAGAAGAGAUGCCCAAGACCGUGACUCAGAUGUACAUCCACUUCCUGAGGGUUCAGUCCAUACAGGGGGAGAGGAAGUACCAUGGGAGAGCUGAAACAGAUCCACACUGGAGUUCAGAGAGCAGAGAGAUCAUCGUUUCUUUGGGAAAACUGGCUUUUAACCAGCUGGAGAAAGGCAACCUGAUCUUCUACGAGGCAGAUCUGGCAGACUGUGGCAUUGACAUCAAAGCAGCCUCAGUGUACUCAGGAGUGUUCACCCAGAUCUUUAAAGAGGAGUGUGGGAUGUACCAGGCCAGGGUGUUCUGCUUUGUCCAUCUGAGCCUCCAGGAGUUUCUGGCUGCUCUUUAUGUCUUUCUGUCCUUCAUCAACGAUGGUGUCAAUCUUCUCUCAGAAGAACCACCCACCUCUGGGGAAGAUAAACUCCUCCUCCUCUACCAGAGGGCUGUGGACAAGGCCUUACAGAGUGAGAACGGACAACUGGACUUGUUCCUCCGCUUCCUCCUGGGCCUCUCUCUGGAGACCAAUCAGAUUGUCCUACGAGGUCUGCUGGGUCAGACAGGAACUAGCUCACUGACCAAUACAAAAACAGUGUCUUACAUCAAGGAGAAGAUAGAUGACGAUCUCUCUCCAGAGAGAAGCAUCAACCUGUUCCACUGUCUGAAUGAGCUGAACGACCGUUCUCUAGUGAAGGAGAUCGAAUGGUACCUGACAUCAGGUCUCUCCGGAAAAUCUCUCUCUCCUGCUCAACUGUCAGCUCUGGCCUUCAUUCUACUGACAUCAGAAGAGGAGCUGGACGUGUUUGACCUGAAGAAAUACUCUGCUUCAGAGGAGGGUCUUCUGAGGCUGCUGCCAGUGGUCAAAGCCUCUAAAACAUCUCUGCUCAAUGGCUGUCAUCUUUCAGAGAGAUGCUGUGAAGCUCUGGCCUCAGUUCUCAGCUCCAACUCCUCUAGUCUGAGAGAGCUGGACCUGAGUACCAAUGAUCUGCAGGAUUCAGGAGUGAAGCUGCUCUCUGCUGGACUUGGGAGUCCACACUGUACACUGGACAUUCUCAGCUUGUCUGGCUGCCUGGUCACACAGGAAGGCUGUGCUUCUCUGGCCUCAGCUCUGAGCUCCAACCCCUCCCAUCUGAGAGAGCUGGACCUGAGCUACAAUCACCCAGGGGACUCUGGAGCUGCGCUGCUCUCUGCUGGACUGGAGGAUCCACGCGGGAGACUGGACACUCUCAGUGUGGAGCACGGUGGAGUGUGGAGGCUGAAACCAGUCCCACAGAGAUAUGCCUGUGACCUCACACUGGACCCCAACACGGCCCACAGACGACUCUCUCUGUCUGAGGACAACAGGAAGGUGACGCAGGGUGAAGAGUUCCAGUCGUAUCCGAAUCACCCAGAGAGAUUUGACUCCGUGCCCCAGGUGUUGGGUAGAGAGGCUCUGACUGGCCGCUGUUACUGGGAGGUAGAGUGGGAAGGAUGGGUUGAUAUAGGAGUGACAUACAGAGGAAUCACAAGGAGAAGAUGGGGUGGUGACAGCAGGCUUGGAAUGAACAACAAGUCCUGGAGUCUUGAUUGUUCUGAUGAUCGUUACUCUGUCCAGUACAACGGUAGGAGAACAGUCCUCCCUCUCCCCCCCGCUGGCUCCACCAGAGUAGGAGUGUAUCUGGACCGGCCUGCUGGCUCUCUGUCCUUCUACAGAGUGUCCCCAGGUGGAGGAGGGUCCUCAGACACACUGACACACCUCCACACCUUCUGCUCCUCCUUCAACCAGGAGGACCUCCUCCCGGGGGUGGGGGCGGGGAGGCUCGGCGAGGUUCAGCACUGUGGCUCAGCGUCUCUGUCCUCUCGCCACCAGGGAGGGGUGCAGCCCCCCAGCCCCCCCACUUCCAGCGUCCAUGACUGCAUGCCCACCACACACACAUUUAUAAUCAGACAUACAUGUAGGCCUUUAUAUAAACACACACACACACACAGACUACACUAACCUGUAUAUAUCAACACACACACAAACUAUAAUGCAAGUGCUAAACUUCUGAAAGUUGAUCUUGAUAAACCAUGAAAGGAAGAGACUUUGAAGAUCUUCCAUAAGGUUAACUAACAAAAUACUAUAUUUCUAAUGUCAAAUGUAUUUUAAUUAUUGAUUGAUGUUUAAUCUUAACAUGUUCAUAUUACAAUAUUGUGUAUAUUUUCAGAAGUUUCGAUAAGUAGGUUGGCGGACACAGAGCUUGCGUGUUGUUGACGGAUGUCACAAUCUCUGUGUUCGUCAAUCUACUUAUCGAGUCUUAAAAACAA